AGCUCCUGGGGGCUCCAGGCGUCCGUCCCUGGGCGGGUGGCCGCCCCCCUCCUGUCUCUGCCUCCAUCCGCAAGCGGCUGUAUCCUCCACCUGCCCAUGUACGAGGGGCCGUCUGCUCAGAAGCGCGGUGGCCCCGUGGGACGUGGGGACCGCCCUGUCCCAGCUGGCCUGUGUGUUCCCCUCAUCCUUACCCUUGUGAGAGAGCCCCGCUUCCACAAGAGGUCAGGCUCUGAGGUUCCAGGUGGGCGUGCAAGGCUUAGGCAGGCGGAAAGUAGGCAGGAGACAGGGACGCAGAAGGGACUUCCCGGCCCAUGGCAUCAGGCCCGCUCUGAUGGGGUGGAGCCCUGUCUGCUCUGCAUCCCAGCUGACGCCCGCCCUCCUGUGGGAACUGCCUCGCCCAUGGCCCUCCUCUGGCUGGCCGUGCUCCUGACACUCAUCUGCCACUCAACGACCACGGACCACGCCAUCUCUGAUCCAGACCCACCGAUUACGAACUUAAGGAUAGAUCCACAAAGGAAAAGAUUGGUCUGGGACCAGCAUGGGAAUGUUUCCGAAAUUGGGUGUUACGUCAAUUCAAAACUUUUAGCAAAGGCAAACGGGAAGCUCUAUUGCAGUCUCGGUGACUUGUCAUGUGAAGUAAAAAACUACACUGUGAAGGUUAUGAAUGGUCAACCAUUCUCUGCUUGGAUUCAGUAUCCAAAGCAAGGCAACCCCUGGGCGGCCGCGGACAACCUGACCUGCCGGGUGCACGACGUGGAUCAGCUCAGCUGCAGCUGGGCGGUAGGCAAGGAGGCCCCGGAGAACGUGCAAUACUAUUUCUACUUGAAGCAUUCCCUGAAAUUUUUUUUCCCUCCCCUAGAAAUAUUAGCUGCCCCAAACAUCACAAAAACAUGGUGUUCCGAAAACUACUCAUUCAUGGAAUGGGAAGUAAGGAGUCUCUUUACUGAAGACCUCAAGUAUGAACUUGAGAUACAGAAGGGCACGGACCUCGCCUACAGAGAGGAGACGGAGCUCGAGACCUUGAGGCUGAGGAACCCGGGACCCUACACGGUGAAGGUCAGGGCCAUGGACUCUCUGUUCUUCAGGAGCAGACCCCAGGGCCGGUGGAGCGCCCCGCAGCACCUCGACUGUGACCGCAAGGACGCGUCCUUCCCGCUCUGGCUGGUGUACCUGCUGGCCCCGCUUGGGGCGCUGCUCCUGGUGGGGCUCCUGUUUCUCUGUCGCAGGUGGCCGGUGAUGCGGAAGCUGUUCCCGCGUGUCCCUCACGUGAAAGACCCCAUCGGCGACAGCUUUCAGAAUGAGAGGAUGAUGGCCUGGGACCCGGAGCCGGAGAGCCAGGAAGAGUGUCCCGUGGCCCAGGUGCAGGUGUUGGGGGAAACAUGAAACUCAUGCAAGCGGGGGCUUCGUUCUUCCGCCGGGGAGGGCCCAUGGCCGGGCCGGGUUGGACGCGGACGUUUGCUGCACGGCUGAGGAUGGGAAAGCCUGCUGCACCUGACUGGGGGGUUGCCUUCCUUGUGCUUAUUUCUCAAACUACUUUUUGACCUGUCACGGGCCCCCUGGAGGUGGGGGGGGGGUCGGGUCACCCCGCAGUGCCGCACAGCCCCCUGGACACCCCCAAAUGUCCACUGUGUUGGCUGGCCUGGUUUCUCUUUAAAUGGUUCCAUUUCCCA